GGUAGCGUGCAGACGCCGUUGAACAUCGGAUGGCACUGCUCUUAAUUCCAAGAUUUCUGGCACUCUUCUCUCGCUGGCAGCAGUUGUAAUUCUGCACUAACUUCUCUUAUCUCUAGUCUCAGCUCUGCUCUCAACACUUUCCCUUUUGUUUCCUUUUUCUUUCCUGCUAAGUUGCAUAAAGUUGCAGCAACAUUUCUGUCUCCCCCCACCGGUCCAUAUUCUGCUAGGUUUUUUCUCUAUGUCAGAUUCGGCGCCUUAGCUUUUCUGGAUCGCCUGGAAAGCAAGGUGUUUCUUGUUCUUGAUGUUCUUACUACAACCCUGGGGCAAAGAUGUCGUCUAGUGGGGGCUCUAGCCAACCAACUGGACAGCCGCAGAGGCGGAUUUUGCGGAGGCAGAUGGCAGGGAAUCUUGGGGAGGCUGAUUUUGAUAGUGAGGUGGUUCCAUCAUCACUGAGUGAGAUUGUUCACAUUCUCCGAGUUGCCAAUGAGGUUGAAUCUAGCAAUGGAAGGGUGGCUUAUCUUUGUAAGUUCGUGCCUUAUCUUGGUUGAUAAUGUGGUUUUAUAUGAGUUUUUUUUUCAACACUAGUCUGUCUGGGAUUUUCCACAAUGCUAAGGUUGUAUUAUGCUGUGCCAAGGGCUGUCU